GCUUCUUGCAGCCGAAGCCUUUGCUUGGAUUGCUGCCGGGAAGUUCAGGCUGUUUCCUCUGGCAGUCAGAUCGUAUUCUGCAGCUGCAUUUGAGAUUCUCUCCCCUCUCUCUCUCUCUCUCUCUCUCCGCUGCUUGUGCAACCCUCCCCCAACCCCCACUAAGCCACCUUCUUACCCUCUCUCGCUUUUCUUGGGUCACCCUUCACCUUGUGCAUCUUCUGCCUGUGGAGCUGCAGCAAGGGUUGGGUGAUGUGGAGGUUAGCGUCCUGCACGGCUCUCCUCUUGCUGCUGCGCUCGCUGACCGGGCUGUCCUGGCCGCUGCUCACAGCCGCUACCUGCGCUCUCUACCUCGCCUCGGGAGGCCGCAAAUUCCUCGGCAUCUUUUGCAGGACCAUCCGCCGGGAUGUGCAUGCUGCCGGUGUCCUCCUCAAAGUCAAACUUAACGUGAAGCGGAACUUGAAGCUAAGCAACACAAUCCCGAAAAUCUUCCACGAAGUCGUGCAGAGGCACCCGGACAAAACGGCGCUCGUGUUCGAGGGGACGGAUGCCACCUGGAGUUUCCGGGACCUGGACGAGUAUUCUAACCGAGUUGCCAACUAUUUUUACGAACAGGGCUACCGCACUGGCGAUGUGGUGGCGCUGUUCAUGGAGAGCAGGAAUGAGUACGUGGGACUGUGGCUGGGGAUGGCUAAGGUCGGCGUGGAGGCGGCACUGAUUAACUUCAACCUUCGCAUGGACGCAUUGGCGCACUGCAUCAACAUCUCCAGGGCCAAGGCCAUCGUGUUUGGGGGUGAAUUGAACACUGCCCUGAAGGAGAUCCACAAACUGCUGGGGAAAUCCAUGUACCUGUACUGCUGUGGAGAGUGGCACGCCAGUGAGGUGCUCCCGGGUACGGAAAACCUCGAUCGUUUACUGGGGGCCACGUCAACGCUCCCUCCCCGCCCACUCCUGAACCGAGGAUUCACAGAUCGACUGUUUUAUAUCUACACCUCAGGAACAACCGGCAUGCCCAAGGCAGCUAUUGUUGUCCACAGCAGAUAUUACCGAAUGGCAGCUUUGGUUUAUUAUGGUUACCGUAUGCGAGCGGAUGACAUUGUUUAUGACUGUUUGCCUCUCUACCACUCGGCAGGGAAUAUCGUGGGGAUAGGGCAGUGCCUCCUCCACGGAUUGACUGUUGUAAUCAGGAAAAAGUUCUCCGCCUCUCGCUUUUGGGAUGAUUGUGUCAAGUACAGGUGCACGAUUGUCCAGUAUAUUGGGGAGAUUUGCCGCUAUCUCCUGAGCCAACCCGUGCGGGGUGUGGAGCGACAGCACUGCGUGCGCAUGGCCCUCGGGAACGGCCUGCGUCCCUCCAUCUGGGAGGACUUCACCUCCCGCUUCCACAUCCCGCAGGUGGCCGAGUUCUACGGGGCCACGGAGUGUAACUGCAGCCUGGGAAACUUUGACAACAAGGUUGGUGCCUGUGGAUUUAAUAGCCGCAUUCUUCCCUUUGUCUACCCAAUCCGAUUAGUUAAGGUAGAUGAGGACACAAUGGAGCUGGUUCGAGGCCCUGAUGGUGUCUGCAUCCCCUGUAAACCAGGUGAGCCGGGCCAGCUGGUGGGCCGGAUUGUCCAGAACGACCCCCUGCGGAGGUUUGACGGGUAUGUGAAUGAGACAGCAACAACCAAAAAGAUCGCUCACGACGUGUUCAAGAAGGGAGACGCAGCUUACCUCUCGGGUGAUGUCCUGGUCAUGGACGACUAUGGCUACAUGUACUUUCGAGACCGCACAGGGGACACUUUCCGUUGGAAAGGCGAGAACGUGUCAACCACGGAAGUCGAGGGAACUCUCAGUCGGAUUCUUGGCAUGGCCGACGUUGUUGUGUAUGGGGUUGAGGUGCCAGGAGCAGAAGGUAAAACUGGAAUGGCCGCCAUAGCAGACCCCAACAAUCAGAUAGACUUGGAGACCUUCUACACAGACCUCGAGGUAGCUCUGCCUCAGUAUGCACGGCCUGUGUUCCUGCGGAUACUACCAGCAGUGAGCAAGACAGGAACAUUCAAAUUCCAAAAAACAGACAUGAGAAAGGAAGGAUUUGACCCCAGAGUCAUUAAGGACAGACUUUAUCUCCUGGAUCAGAAACAACAGAAGUAUGUCCCUUUGGACGAAGAACUCUUCAAAAGCAUCCAAUCAGGGAAACAGAAGCUGUGAUUAAAAAUGGAUAUAUCUAUAAAUAUAUGUUUACCUCACCCUUACUGCUUUCAGUAGCCAUAAAAAGCAAAAGGGAUAAUUAAUUCAGUUCUGUUACUUGACCAGAUUUGCAUGGACAGAAACUUUACAGAGAUUUCCAUUAUUUUUCUUUAUCUAAGUUUAUUACAGAUUUGCUAGUAAUUUAUGAAGAGCGGUUAUCACAAUUUUGCACAAGAGAAUUACAGUUAAUUUUUAUUGUCUGUAUUGUUUGAUUUGGUGAUCUUCAAUUGGGAUGAAGCGUUUUAUUUAUCUGUUUCUUCUUCAGAGCUCUGUAUAGCAUCCUCAAGUGUUUGAAAAUGUAAUUAAACAGGAUCCGAAAGGGGAGAUGCACUGUCA